GAUUACCCUUUAUCUUACCAAAGGAAGGAACAAGCAAUUUGGGAGUUGGGAGAUGGAACUAGGAGAGUUGAGAUUUGAGAGUCGGGGAGAGCUCCUAUGAAUAAUAAUGAUUGACUUUGUUUUGCGAAGAUGCAACACGUUUUGCCGGACUGGUCAACCAAACCAGUUCAAUGGCUUCCUCUGCUGAUCUUAUUACAGGUUUAAAUUUUUGGAAUUUGGGAUUGGAAAUUAGCGCAAAGAGGGUUGUUUCUUUACAGCAGUGUUGAUUGAGAGUUCAAUUUUGAUGCAAUAAUGGCUUCAAGUGAUAAAGGGAAUCCAGAAGAGGAAGUUGAGGAAUGUAAUGGUUCAAAAGCUAAGGGGCAUGUUCCUCUUGACCUUUCAACGUCUCAAAGGACGCUACUGAGCAAUGAAAACCCUCAGAGAAAGUCCCCCAGCCGCUUGGCUGCUAUUCAAAAGAGGAUGAAUUUCCUCAAAUUUCGUUCUCCAUCUGCCAGAUUCAGGCUGUUAGCUCAGGAAAGAGAUGAGGCUUCACGUUCAGUGUCAGCUUCUUCAAGUGGUCAUCAUGGUAUUCGAGAUCGGCUGAAUGAGGUUUUUCAUAGGAAGAUUGAUUGGGAUUCUCUCUUGAAAAUCGGCAAACAAUGGAUUAGGGACCCCAUGAAUAUGGCUCUUUUUCUUUGGAUUCUGUGUGUGGCUAUCUCAGGUGCAAUUCUGUUUCUUGUCAUGACUGGAAUGUUAAAUGCUGUGAUUCCUGACAAGGCCCAGAGAGAUGCCUGGUUUGAGGUUAACAACCAGAUUCUUAAUGCACUGUUUACUCUUAUGUGUCUAUACCAUCAUCCAAAGCGAUUUUACCAUCUCGUACUUCUUUGUAGAUGGAGACCAGAGGACAUUUCUAAACUCAGAAAGGUAUAUUGCAAGAAUGGGACUUAUAAGCCUCAUGAGUGGGCACACAUGAUGGUUGUUGUUUUGCUACUUCAUGUGAAUUGUUUUGCUCAGUAUGCACUUUGUGGCCUGAAUUUGGGGUACAAAAGAUCUAAGCGACCUGCGAUUGGAGUUGGAAUAUGUAUAGCUGUUGCAAUAGCUGCACCUGCAAUAGCUGGUGUUUAUACCGUUCUUAGCCCCCUUGGGAAGGAUUAUCAUAAUGGAGUGGAUGAGGAAGCACAGGUUCAACGUACCCCUGAUCAAGGUAGAAGGACCGACCAGUUAAGACAGAAAUCACUGGAGAAGAGAUAUUCAUUUACAUCCAGAGAUGAGAAUCAUGAGAUAGUGGAGAGCAGUCCGAGGUGGAGUGGAGGUAUACUUGACUUCUGGGAUGAUAUUUCUUUGGCAUAUCUUUCUCUUUUUUGUAGUUUUUGUGUCUUUGGGUGGAACAUGGAGAGACUUGGGUUUGGAAACAUGUUUGUUCACAUAGCAACCUUUAUCCUGUUUUGUGUGGCUCCUUUCUGGAUAUUCAUCUUGGCCUCUGUUAAUAUUGAUAAUGACACUGUAAGGGAGGCUCUUGGAGUUACUGGAGUCAUUCUUUGUUUGUUUGGCCUGUUAUAUGGUGGCUUCUGGAGGAUACAGAUGAGGAAGAGAUUCAAUUUGCCUGCCUAUAACUUCUGUUUUGGCCAACCAGCUGCUAGUGAUUGCACACUGUGGCUAUUCUGUUGUUGGUGUUCCCUUGCACAGGAAGCACGGACUGGGAAUUUUUAUGCUAUCACAGAAGAUAAGUCCUUGAGAAAAAAAAAGCACAAUAGUCACCAGCCAACAAUGUCCCCUUUACCCCGUGAAGAUGGGGUGGUUGAGUAUAGAUCUGGCCCAAGUUCUCCACCUGGGUACGACUCUAGCCCAGCCAAGACUUUCUUUGAUAGUUCUUCAAGUCCUAGACGAGUUUCAAAUGAACACUCUUGUCCAGAAAGGAAACUGUCUAUGGUGAAAGAAGAGUCUCCUACAAGAGGUAAAGACGAAACUAUGAUCCCACCUGCUCCAGCAACCAUACGGAGAGAAUCAAUUUAGCUGAGGAAAAGCUUUUAUGUAUUUAUUGUUUUUUCCUUAUUAAUUAAUGUGCAAUAUUUCAUAUGGUUUUUUUUUUUUUACUAUUUUUAUUAUUUUUUAUGUAACUUCAAUAUACUUUUGAGUGCAAU